AUGAUUAUCUUCGACCUUCGUGUCGAUGGAAACAAUACUGUUCACCAGGGUGAAGUAAUAAACGAUAAUGGAACAAAGAAAUGUUAUUGGGGCCGAUCUUGCAUAACGGUGAUUAAUUGGUACGAAACACUCCAUUUUGGAGUGAAGUUGAUCAGAUUUGAAUCUCACAGUUAUUUAUCGGUAAAUAUGUUUGACCCAUUUGGCGAUGGAAAGGAAUCUCAAUCCUCCACCUCCUCCUCUGUUGAAUGGUCACAACCAUGCCAUCACUUUGAAUUUCCUGAGAUUUUGUUAGCAACCGAUAACUUUGAUGAAUCAUUAGUAAUCGGGCAAGGGGGUUUUGGAAAAGUUUACAAAGGAAAUGUUAUCAUUGGAUCUAGUCUUGUCGUUGCUGCCAUUAAACGGUUGGAUUCCAUGUCCACCCAAGGGGAAGAAGAAUUCUGGGCUGAAGUUCAGAUGCUUUCCAAGUUGCGUCACUGUCAUCUGGUGUCUUUAUUUGGUUAUUGCAAUUAUAAAGAAGAAAAGAUCCUCGUGUAUGAAUACAUGCCCAAUGGAACACUGGAAAACCACAUCCACAAACUUCAAACCCCUCUUUCAUGGGUUCAACGACUCAAGAUAUGCAUAGGUGCUGCUCGUGGGUUAGACUACCUACACACUGGCACCGGGAUUGAGUCGGGUGUUAUACAUCGUGAUGUCAAGAGCUCCAAUAUCUUAUUACAUGAAAGCUGGGCAGCUAAAAUUUCAGAUUUUGGAUUGUCUAAAAUAGGCCCAACAAAUCAGCCGUCUACUUAUGUCAACACACUUGUAAAAGGAACUUUUGGGUAUUUCGAUCCAAAUUAUUUCACAACUGGAAAGCUAACUAGGAAGUCCGAUGUGUACGCUUUUGGUGUGGUACUGUUGGAAAUACUAUGUCGGAAGCGGGCAGUGGAUAGAAGUCUUGAUGAGGAGCAAUGGGGUUUAGUGACGUGGGCUCAAGAUUCUAUCAAAGAGGGGAAUCUAAAGAAUAUAAUUGAUUAUGAUAUAAGGGGUCAAAUAUCAACAAAAUGUUUGAAAGAGUUUGUUCAAAUUGUAGAGAGAUGUUUGCUCAACAAUCCAAAACAUCGCCCCACAAUGGCCGAGGUUGUGGUCAGUCUUGAUUCUAUACUGACCUUACAAGAGAAAAGCAAUAGUUCCUUGCAGGCUGCCGGCAAAACAAUAUUUGGAAGAAUGCUUGAUAGGUUUGCCUCCCCCUCCAAUAGAGAGAACUCUGCCCAUGGUGAUUCAAAGUUAUCAAGUAAUAGCAAGUCUAAGAGUAGAAAUGCUGGUGAUACUAUGGAGGCUAACAAUUCCAUAAUUCAUGUUCCAAGUUUGAAACUGUUUAAGUUUGCUGAUUUAAAAAGGGCAACAAGAAACUUUAAUCAAGAUUUGCUCUUGGGUAAUGGAGGUUUUGGACAUAUAUUCUUGUGUUGGGUUGACAAGAACACAUUUGCACCUUCAACAAAGGGGCUUGGGAUUGCUAUUGUAGUUAAAAGAUACAACAAAGCUCGUCGACCUAGCCAUAGUGUGAUAACCGUUUUAGGAUCGUUGGCUCAUCCAAAUAUUAUUAGUCUCUUGGGAUAUUGUGAUGAUAAGAAAGAUGGAUGCUUGCUUGUUUACGAGUACAUGGAUAACCGAAAUUUGCGUCACUUCUUAUACGAAGGUUCAUCCCAGCCACUUUCAUGGGGAAAAAGACUAAAUAUAAUGAUAGGAGUAGCACGAGCACUUGCUUUUAUGCAUUCGUCAAAAGAUCAAGUCAUACACCGUGAUGUGAAACCUUCUAAUAUAUUACUGGAUCAGGAUUUUAAUGCAAAACUAGGGGGUUUUGAGCUCGCAAGAGUUGGCCAUGAUAGUGAGACAACAGAUAUUACUACAUCUGUUGCUGGCACCUUUGGUUAUGUAGACCCAGAGUAUGCAAUAACCUGCCGCUUGAGUGCGGGGAGUGAUGUGUAUAGUUUUGGAGUUGUGUUGCUGGAAACCUUAACAGGCAAAGAUGCAUUGAACAAUAACAUAAAGGGAUACGGUGAUCAGGUGAGUUUGGUAGAAUGGGCAAGACUACUACUAGUGGACAGAAGCGAGUUAGAAAAAAUAAUGGAUCCAAGUCUUCAACAAAAUUACCCUAUAGAAGGUGCUUUCGAAUUCGCCACACUUGCAUUAAGAUGUGUAUCGAGUAAUCGUAAGGAUAGGCCUUCAAGUGAACAAGUUUUGCGGAGCUUGGAACAAAUAUAUGAUGAUAACAAACAAUUGAUAAAAGAUAUGAUGUAGUACUUGGAUUUGUGGUGUAUAAUGGAUGUAUACUAAACGAAAUUAGGUUUUGUUUGCCCGUGGGUUCCUAUUUAUUAUGGUAAAUUUCAUUUUUCUGCUUUUACUUUUCUUAUUUUGCACAAUGUAAUAAGUGUUUACAUCUCCAUUAUAAAUGCCAAGUUUCAACAGCC